AUGGGCCGCUACAAAACGAAUUCAGCGACUUUGCACGUGAAAUCCUUUACUGCUGUAAAGCGUUAUAAAUUCGUCAGAAAUCGACCUCCUUACACGAACGAAAGUAGGUCAGUAGCUUACCUCGUACAGCGUCUACUCCAAUGCAACGUGGGACGAGCUAGAAGGGCGCAAGACCUGCUUCUCCAGACCAUCCGAGAGAACAGGGUCGCCCUAGCGGUAGUGGCCGAACCGUACCGCGUUCCCGACGCCCCCAACUGGAUCGGGGAUCUGGACGGAUUGACGGCGGUAGCGUGGACGCCGGCGCUGAGCUCGCCCGGCGCCUUGCUGGAUCGCGGCAACGGCUACGUCGCUGUCGAGUGGAACCGGAUAGCAGUGGUGGGCGUUUACAUCUCGCCCAACAGCGGCGUUGCCGCGUUUGAGGACUUGCUGGACAGGGCCGGCGAUUGCGUUAGAAGAUGCUUUCCCCGUCAGGUGAUCGUACUCGGGGAUUUCAACGCUCACUCGUCGCAAUGGGGCGACGCAAGGACGGACACUCGCGGCAGAAUGCUAACCGAAUGGGCUGCGGUUCUGGGCCUUCUACUGGCGAACAGAGGCACGGCGAGCACCUGCGUGGCAUGGAGAGGUUCGUCCGUCGUCGACAUCACCUGGGCUACCGCCGAGCUAUACCGGAGGAUUCGCGGCUGGAGAGUGGCCGACAGGAUGGAGACUCUGUCGGACCACCUCUACAUAAUGAUGGAGAUGGAGCUCGAUCGACGACAGGACGCGAACCGUUCCCACCGACCGCCACCGCCACCACCGACACCGAGGUGGCGCCUGAAGGAGAGGGACAAAGAGAUGUUGCGCGCGGCAGUUACCGUUUCCGCCUGGAGCUGGGACGCACGGACGACGACGACCACCAUCACCAGUGUCGACGAGGAGGCGGAGGAGCUUUGGGAAUACAUGAGAGCGGCGUGCGACGCCUCGAUGCCGCGCUCCGAGCCGGGCGGUAGAAGCGACCGCUGCGUCUACUGGUGGACACCGGCGAUCGCCGACUUGCGAGCUAGCUGCGUUCGAGCCCGACAUUCUGCUCUUUACGAAGCGGUUCCCAAAAAUCUCAGGAAGUUACAAGUGUUGAGCAUGUUAGAUGAAUCAGAAACAGAUUCGUAUAACUGCAGUGAAAACAUAUGGAAUACAGAGAUAACACCUCGCGAGAAAAGACCAUUGAAUGUACCAAAUACCACAGAUUCUAAUGAUUCUGAAAUAGAGUAUGAUACCGCGCAAAGGACGAUUUUAUCAAAUAUCAUAUGGACGACAGAAAAAUUUGGCCUCAAAAUUCAUGAUUUUGCCGUACGAAAUUCGGCAGAUGUUUGCGAAACCAGCGAUGGGCAAGAAGAUGGAUUGAUUGAGUGA